CUCGCGCUCGCCGUUGACAUCCAGACCUCUGUCAACAGCAAACAGUGUCGUCUUCAUCCACAACCAUCGUCAUCCAUCACGCACACUCUACUGCUUGUGCCACCCCCCGCCUCGCCUCGCCCGCACAUCCGUGCGCCCUCCACUUGGUCCUGGUCUUCUGCCUCGACAUAAUUCCUCAUCUCAUCGCGCGCCACCACCAUGCUCAAGCUCAAGCCGCGCGACUCGCCGCGCGCACCAUUCAGCUUUGCGACGGCGCCACCCCCGGGCGAUGAUGGCCCCGCGACGAGCAACAAGUUUCCGCACCCGCCCGGUGCAUUCUUCACAGAACGCGACAUGCACAUGUACGGCGCUCAGCCGCUGGGCGAGGAGCCCGGCCGCGGCGUCGUGCGGUGUACCCGCUGCGGACGCUCUGUACUCGAGUGGGCCGCAGGAGAACACCAGCGUAUCUGCUCACACGUCCUCGACGGCGCUCCGCUGACCGUCAAGAAGGGCGUCAAGAAGGUGGAGGGCAAGAAGCGGCGUGCCUCGGAGGUGUCAGAUACCCCGGACUCGCCGAGCAAGAAGAAAGCGCGUGUGCUCGAGCUUGACGAUGAAGAGGCCGAUCCCGAUGCCUUCAAGGGUCUGAAGAAGAGCGAUGUCAAGAAGAUCCUCAAAGAACGAGAGCGACUCAGGAAGCGGGCAGCGAAGGAGGCCGAGAAGGCGCAGGCGGCGGAGCGACGGCGUGCACGGGCAAACAACCCGCUCGACUACGACCGCCAGUGCGGCGUGAUCAACGACAAGGGUCUCCCCUGCUCCCGCAGCCUCACGUGCAAAACGCACACUGUCGGCGCCAAGCGCGCCGUGCAGGGCCGUACGCGGCCGUACGACGAGCUAUUCCUGGAAUGGCAGCGCGCACACAACCCAAACUUCAAAGAGCCGGCGCCGAAGCGCGAGGCAAAGGUCAUGCCCAAGGUGGUCAAGAAGAAGCGGGUCGUGCCGGACGAGGAGGGGCUGCGGGCAGACGAGGACGGACGGCGCGAGAUGGACGAGCUUAUCCGCGCUGCUGCGCGCGCUGGCGACCGCGUCAAGCUUGCACCUGCACCUCGCCCUCUACCAAGUCCAUGGAACACGACCACAUACGAGCAGCUCUCGAUGGGCGACCUCCUCACCAAGGCGCUCGCUGCCCGCCCCAGGCCUGCACCUACCAGUAUCGCUCCUCAGAGGAUUGGGAGCCAGAGCAAGCCCGGUCCCGCGAUUGUGCUUCCCCAGACUGUCACUGCCUGAUUGUAUCUUUAUGUAGCUAUACCCAUGCACUGUCCACUAGCAGCCAG